AUGGACCAGAAGAAAGAAAAGUCUAGGAUACUUCCGAAGACGAACCUCGGAAAGGCUGAAGAGAAGGGAAAACCAGCACAACCUCUGAAGCCAUUCGCGAAGGAGGCAGAAAAGGCGAAAUCGGCAGUGAUCGUGAAUCAUACAGUCGAACACGUCAGUAGGAGGCCUAAAUCAACGUUGUCCAUCAGACCAAUACUGGAGGAGAACAAAACAAAGCCGAAGUUCCUUUUUAAAGUUGCUUCCGAUUUUGGAGAACUAACCUUCUACGGCGAAGAUAUCCUUACCGACUCUAACUUAACGCUCGAAGAAAGAAUGACCUGCAAUUUCAAUGGCUCAGAACCUCCACGACUGAUCUACUCCGAAGUCUAUGCAGGAAGUCUUGGUGGUUGUCCUGACUGGAAUUGCAAAGUGAUAAAUGAUCUAAGGGAGAUUAAGAUGGCUCAUGCUGUAUGUCUCACUUAA